AUGUCUGCUAGUCCAUUUCCACGCCAACAUGCUCCGAAUAAGGAUAAACAGGUGGUUUCACAAUUUGCAGCUCAAUUAAAAAUGGAGACUGAAAAGGCGCGUACAAUUUCAGCUUCUAAACUUAGAAACGAUUUGGCCACAAGAAUGAACCUUAUCGACACACAAAUGGCUGCUCUACCUAAAGCCACUGCUAUAGAACGAGUUCUGUACCGUGCAAGAAGUAAAACACUUCCACCAGUACCAAAAGAUUUAUGA